AAGCAGGCGACAACGAGGCAGUCGAACCCUUUGUGACCGCGCAACAACGAGCGGAACGCGCUUCCUUCGUCUCGGAUGCUCAAGAGGAUUCCCGAUGCAGCCGAGCGAUUCGCAGUUUCGAGGUUUCCUGGACGCGAGGAACGAUCGGUGUUACGAGUCCUGGUGCGCCUUUCCCGCGAGCGAGGAGAUACUCGGCAGGACGAUCAGCAAGCAUGCCUACGCGAGCGUAGUGCCGGGAAUGUUGCGAGCCAGCGCUUCCUGGCCGGCGUUGUGCCAAGCGCCGUUCACCUGGACGAUACCUGCGAUCGCCUGCAAGGCGACGACGCCGCGUUACGAAAAGCCUCCGUAUUCGUACAUCGCCCUGAUAGCGAUGGCCAUCGAUUCCACGCCGAAGCGGCGGCUGACGCUCUCCGGUAUCUACAGGUUCAUCAUGGACCGGUUCCCGUACUACAGGGAGAACCGUCAAGGCUGGCAAAACAGCAUUCGGCACAAUCUGAGCUUAAACGACUGCUUCGUGAAGAUGCCGCGGGACAAGACCGGCGCGGACAACGACGAGGACGGUCGCUCGAUCGGCAAAGGCAGCUACUGGACCCUAGACCCGUCCACCAGCGAGAUGUUCGAGCACGGCAAUUACAGGCGACGCAGGACAAGGCGCCAGCAGCGGAUUCUCGCCCGAGAAAAGGAGGGAACGUCGGCCCAAUUUUUUCCCGGACUGACGAAGCACCACGAGAAGCUUCGGCAACAGCAGCGCGUAGUCGUCGAGAUUAACGAGCAGAUGAGCGUCAAGGAUGCAACGGAUUCCUCGGGAGCUAUUACCAAAACUACGGUGUUCAGCAUCGAUAACAUCCUACGGAAGUCCACAAGGGAGGCGCAAAUCUAAUUUUUCUUUCUUAAGGAUAAAACAUUUUUUUGUGACAUUAUUAUUAUAUAAUAAUGAUACUCUCUUUCGACAUCGAACGCUCGUGUUAAAAGUCUUAUCGUGACAUUAGUUAGUAUCGUAUUCUUAUAUCGUAUCAUUUUUGUCAGCGCACAUUUUCUGCAACGAGAAGUGUACAUCGAAUCGACAUCAAAUUGACAUCGAAUCGACAUCAAAUUGAGGUCAAAUCGACGUCGGGACAAUCGAAAUUACGUCGACUCGAUGAGUCACUUCUAGCUGGGUCGCUU